UGACUUAACAGCUCCCCAAAGCUUACCUGGCAACCCUCGAUCAGGGCUAAAAAAUAAAUAAAGAACAUAAAUAGUUUAAUCCAAUUAAACCAAGCAAACUGCAAGUUUGGGUUUUUCUUUCUCUUUUCGAGGCUCUGCCGACACGCAAGUGCCUUUACUCAGUUGGCUGCCGGUCCUCAGUUCAUUUACCAAAGAAACGCCUACGCCUGACUUUCGAGACUAUCCAAUCUUCCCCAGAAAACUGAAUAUAUUCCGAAAAUCGAAAUAUCUGAAGUCAAGGCCAAGAAAAAACAACAACAUCUGGAGACCCACGCAAAUGCAAUUGUGUGCGAGAUAAAAAGAUGCAGCGCAGUGCCUAGGAUCGGACCUCUCCUCCUCAAUCGCUUCCUAAUCCGAAAAUCUUCCGCAUUCCACAUAUCAUCCCACCAUGUGCUGCAAGUGCUGCGGGGAAACUCAACGCAAGGUCUGGGUCUUUGGCCUGGGGUCGCUCUUUCUGGUUCUUGGAGUACUCGUCGUGGUCUUCUGGCCGGGUAUCGCGGAUAACCUCGUCGAGGAUGGCCUCACCCUGAAGCCUGGCACUGAUGCCUACGACAGCUGGCUGGAGGCACCUAUCCCGAUUUACCUGAGCUUCUACAUGUUCAACUGGACGAAUCCGGAGGAGAUCAGGAACCCUAACGUAAAGCCCAACUUCGUGGAGAUGGGUCCGUACACCUUCUUGGAGAAGCACAAGAAGGAGAACUACACGUUCUACGACAACGCGACGGUGGCAUAUUACGAGCGCCGCACGUGGUUCUUCGACCCGGAGAGAUCCAAUGGCACCCUGGGCGACAUGGUGACCGCUGCCCAUGCCAUCACCGCCACGGUGGCGGACGAGAUGCGAAACCAGCGCAAGAUCGUCAAGAAGAUCAUCAACUUCAUGCUGAACCACGAGGGCGGCGAGUUGUACGUCACCAAGCCGGUGGGCAAGUGGAUCUUUGAUGGAUAUCAGGAUAACAUUACGGAUUUCCUCAACCUGUUCAACACCUCAAUGAUUGACAUUCCCUACAAGCGCUUCGGCUGGCUGGCAGAUCGAAACGAAUCGCUGACCUACGACGGCUUGUUCACCAUUCACACGGGCACUGAUGACAUAUCGAAUCUGGGCAGGCUCACCCACUGGAACGGAAAGGCGGAAACUGGCUUCUACAAGAGUCCUUGUGGCACCGUUAAUGGAACCACUGGUGACUUGUUCCCACCCAAGAUGAAUGUCAACGAUGAGAUUACGAUUUUCGCCACCGACGCCUGCCGAUUCAUGAACCUCCGGCCGCAGGGUACAUACGAGAACCACGGCCUGACCGCGACCAAAUGGGUGGGCACUGAGGAGACCCUCGAUUCCGGGGAGAACUACCCGGAACAGGCCUGCUUCUGUGAUCCCGAGCGCUUCGGGGACGAGUGUCCCAAGACCGGCGUGGUGGAGUGCAAGGCCUGUCGAGAUAAGGCGCCCAUAUACUCCUCCUUCCCGCACUUCUACCUGGCUGAUCAGUCGUACGUCGACGCUGUCACCGGAAUGAAGCCGGAGAAGGAAAAGCACGAGUUCUUCCUCGCUGUGGAACCCGUCACUGGAGUGCCCGUCCAGGUGCACGGCCGCAUCCAGAUAAACAUGAUGAUCGAGCCCGACGACGACUUCGACAUCUAUCGUGGUGUGCCAAAGGUGCUGAUGCCCAUGUUCUGGUUCGACCAGUAUGCGGAGCUGUCCUCGGAAUUGGCGUCCAAGGCCAAGUUGGCCAUCAAUCUGUCCAGCUACGGAAUAAUCUUCGGAUAUUCUCUGGUGGCUUUUGGCAGCGUCUUCCUCGUCACUGGAAUCACGUUGACGGUGAUGAAGAAGUGGGUCCGUCGAACUCCCGAGGACGAGGACAUGCUGACCAACUAGAGCAUAUUAGCUUUAAGCGUAGCCAAAGUGCCAGGACAUGUUAACUCUCCUAGUUCAUUCUGAUAGUCGCGCAUCGCUUGUUGUUCGUUGUCAGUUAUACGUUAUGUAAUAUGUAAGUAACACGGAUCGACGUUCGUCUUGCAUUUUGUGAUAGCAAACCCUACUCCUAACUUAAUCAAACCCUACUCUACAAUGUCAUUCUGAAACCAUUUCCAAGCCGAAACUUUCUGAUUGAGAUUAUACUUACUGCUUUUGAUAAAACAUACCACACAAAACUAAAACACCGAUACAUUUUAUUUUUACGCUUUUCAUUUGAAUUUUCAUUUUAUUUUGCAAAGAUAAUUUUUACAACUCAAGGACUUUUUACUUAUCGUAUACGAUUGUUGGAUGCUUCAACGAUUUGCUUUAUAAAUGCAUUAAUUGAAUGUUGUUUUGUAAAUUAAUAAAUUAAAAUAAUUGUAUACGUAUAUAUAUUUAUUUAUAUAUAUUUGUGUAUAUGUAAGAUAUAUGGCAAAAAUUUUACAUUUUCUCAAAGAUCACAUUCCUCAAUUUAGCCAUAGACUUUUAGUCGAGAAAAAUCUACGCAAAUAUUUGUGACAUCCAUCAAAAACUCGAAAUCAUUUUUGCACGCACACUCACACAUCCAAAAAUAGUUGGGGGGUUAAUAAUCGAACAAAAAAUAAUAAACAAAGUGGAUAAAAAAUAAAUGAUAA